AUGCUUGUGCUAUACGCUUCAACUUUUGCAACUCUUCAUGAUUCAAGAAGUGCUAAAGAGCUAUAUUCGAAAGGAGCGCCUAUGAAGCAGAGAAUCAGUUCUUUAGAUCUCAAACUUUUAGCCCAAGAAUUACAAAAAGCAAUAGAAGGGUACAGAUUAUCAAAUAUCUACAAUGUGGCAGAUUCCAAGAGACAGUUUCUACUUAAGUUUAACAAGCCCGAUUCCAAAAUAAAUGUAAUUGUGGAUUGCGGGUUGAAAGUGCACGUUACUGAAUAUACAAGACCAACUCCACAACUUCCAUCUGGUUUCGUUGCAAAGUUAAGGAAGCAUCUAAAAUCCAAAAGGUUGACUGCUUUGAGACAGGUUGAUAAUGACAGAAUAUUGGUCCUGGAAUUUUCAGAUGGUUUGUACUACUUGGUUCUGGAGUUUUUUAGUGCAGGUAAUGUACUGUUAUUAGAUAACAAUAGGUGUAUUAUGGCGCUUCAAAGAAUUGUGGAGGAACAUGAAAAUAAAGUUGGUGAGCUUUACAAGAUUUUCGAUAGUACUCUGUUUAAAGAAAAUCCAGAUAAUCCACUGGAACGGCAAUUCUACACUGAAGAGUUGGUGAGGGAAUGGAUAUCCUCCGCAAAAGAUACUACGUCCAACUCAAACACCAAAGGACCCACUGAUAAAAAAAAGAUAAAAGUUUUUUCUAUUCAUAAGCUUUUGCUAAGCAAGCAGCCUCAUUUAUCUUCAGAUUUAUUACAGAAAAAUCUAAAAGAGGCUGGAAUCAAUUGUGCUUCCUCCUGUUUGGAUUUUGUCAACAGAGAACAAACAAUAGUCAGCUUGCUUAACACUACAGCAAAGGAAUAUAAGCAACUACUUCAAACAGAAUUUAAAAAAGGUUUCAUAUUGGCGAAAAAGAAUGUAAAUUAUGAUUCGCUCAAGGAUAAACCAGAGCUUGAGUAUUUAUAUGAAAAUUUUCACCCAUUUAAGCCCUACAUUAGUGGUGCUGAAGAAAAGUCAGUCCGUAUUCUGGAAAUUGAAGGCUCCUACAACAGAACACUAGAUGUUUUCUUUUCCACAAUUGAAUCUUUGAAAUAUUCCCUGCGUAUUCAAAAUCAAGAGCUACAAGCCAAAAAAAAACUUGAGGACGCACGGUCAGAUAACCAAAAGAGAAUUCAAAGUCUAUCCGAUGUUCAGAUACUAAAUGAAACAAAAGCAAAUGCUAUCCUGAAUAAUACAGAUCUUGUUGACAGCGCUAAGCAAGCAGUUCAAGACCUUCUCGAACAACAGACCGACUGGAAUAUGAUUGAAAAGUUAAUAAUGAACGAAAAAAAGAGGAGAAAUAAAAUUGCAGAGAUUAUUGAGCUUCCUCUCAAUUUGAAAAAUAAUAAGAUCAAUAUUAAAAUCCCCCUACAGUCACCAUCACAAUUCGAAGAGGAGACGUUCUCGGAUAAUGAAAGUGUAAAAAGCAGCUUAAGUGAUUCAGAUUUUUCCGAUGAAUCGGAUUCAGAGUUAUCUGAUUUUAGCAUGGAAGAAGUAGUGGGGAGACAUGAGAAUACUAGAAAGAUACGCGCUAAGGAUGACAAACAACAUGUUACCGUGACUAUAGAUUUAUCGCUGUCUUCCUAUGCAAACGCCUCUCAAUAUUUCAACUCCAAAAAAGACAGUGCAGAGAAGCAAAAAAAAAUGGAAAAGCAUAUGGCCAAAGCUAUGACAAAUAUUGAGAAUAGAAUUGAUCAACAAUUAAAGAAGAAGUUGAGAGAGAGCCACACAGUGUUGAAAAAAAUAAGAAAGCCUUACUUUUUCGAAAAAUAUAACUGGUUUAUCUCAAGCGAGGGAUAUUUGGUGAUGACGGGAAAAAGUGCAUUGGAAAAUGACCAGAUAUAUAUGAAGUACAUCGAGGACGAUGACAUCUUCAUGUCUACUAGUUUUGGUUCAAAAGCUUGGAUUAAAAAUCCGGAUAGAGGUGAAAUUCCUCCUAACACAUUAAUGCAAGCUGGUAUCUUCUGUGCUUCUUCCAGUAAGGCCUGGUCCAAUAAGGUUGUGUGUUCUCCAAAAUGGUGUUACGCAAGGAACAUCACCAAAUUCACUCAAGAUGGGUCUAUCGUUGCAGAAACAGGUGAAUUUGUACUCAUAGAUGAACAGAAGCAAUCCACGCUUCCUCCCGCACAACUGAUUAUGGGUAUUGGAUUUUUAUGGAAGCUAAAACAAGAUAAUGAAGAUUCAGACAGGGAUGAAGACGAAGAAGCCGAUAUAGAAGAAGCGGCAACCGUUAAUAUGGGAUCCCUUAAGGAACUUGAUGAUAAGGAUGCGAGUAGUAAAAAUAGUAGUGAAGAUGUUGAUGUGUCUGAUAGUCUUGAAGAGGCCACAGGAAUUUCAGAGGAGGAUUCGACGAAAAAAUCUUUGGACAACAAUAAUUCCUCUGAUCCUAUCAUCACUGACUUGGAUCCUACAGGCGAUAUCAUUAAAAACAUGAAGAAAAAGGUCCGCGGUAAAAAGGGCAAACUAAAAAAGAUUCAAAGAAAAUAUGCAGAUCAAGAUGAAGACGAGCGUUUAAUGAGGCUACAGGCACUUGGAACUCUCAAAGGUAUUGAAAAACAACAAGAACGAGUUCAAAUUACUAUAAAUAAGCAACAAGAGCGUGAAUGGAAAAAAAAGAAACGAGAACAACAAGAAGAAUUCAAUGCACUACAGUUUACUAGCAGAAAAAUAAUGAAAAUAAAUUACAAUUUCAAGAAUCAGCUAAAACCCACCUUGUCUCCUGGCGAUGAAGUUGUUGAUAUUGUUCCAGUUUUUGCUCCUUGGCCAGCCUUAUUGAAGUAUAAAUAUAAAGUUAAGAUUCAACCUGGAAGCAGCAAGAAGACUAAAUCGAUGGCUGCCAUACUAACGUACUUCAAGGGACGGAAAGUUGAUACAUGGAGUCGUGACAAAGAACUUGAUUGGCCAAAGGAGCAUGAUUUACUUAACGGAUUGAAGGAGCAGGAGUUAGUUCCAAUCCUUUGUGUUGAUAAGUUAAACGUUUCCAUUCCUGGUUCUCAAGCAAAGGGUGGCGGCGUCUCCAAUGGUAAAGGAAAAGGAGGCGGAAAUAGAAAAACAAAAAAAACAAUAAAUAGAAGGACCUUAGUUAUAUAA